GGUUUGAGCUCCAUCGGAGGCGCCAUUGUUUCACAGGGACUGUAGUUCAAGUUGUGCUCUCCACACAUGGAAACUCAGUUAUGCGGAGAUAAUAAAAAGACUCCAAGCCCCAGUGACGGUCGCUGCUCUUUUUCCUCGUCGAGCAGGGGGAGUAGUCACAGCUGGACGGAUAAUAAGAUGCGCAUGAAUUUACAAUCUGGAAUAAAAGAUAAGAGAAAAUAAAUUGACCCCUCGGUAAGUCUGUGUGCGCCUGUGUGUGAAAGUGAAGUUUUCUAUUCGAGGAGAGGAUCAGACGGAACGCUUUUGUGUGUGACUUCAUUAAAAGUGAAGAGUAAUAAACUUCAGACUCCGCUGUCCUCAGUUGAUGGAGUUGCAAAGUUUCUUCAGUCCACUCACAAUGGAAAGAAAAGCCCCCUUCGCUGACUGUGAAGGCUUCCUGUGGUCGGAGUGGAUUACUGACCUCAGAAAGGAGAAGGCGCACCACUCCAGGAUAUGAAGUUUGUUGCAGUGAUUUUACUGCAGAAGUCUGCAGCUUGUUCGAAGAUUGGUUAUCCAUCACCUGACCAUCUAGAAAAACAUUGUUUGUUUUGUGAGCUGAGGUGGGCGGAUUGGCUAUCACCAUCUUAAUUUAUAACAAACAAUGUUGAUUUGUUUAAAACACACAGAUCUGACUCACUAAAACUGAUGAGGACCAAAUACCCCCCCUAUUAAGGGUGUAUCCACACAGUUCCCACUGUGCAUUUUUCAUCAAGCCUUCACUCAAACUUCACUAUUCAACAUUUCACGUCGCCAUUGGAAGAAACCCAAUGUCUGCCUCCUCUCCCCCAUCCUUACCUCGAGCCUUCCUCCACUCUCUCCAUCCACACCACCCAUUCUCGCCAAGCCCACCCGGACCGCUCUACACACGGCUGUCCAACGGCAGUCACAGUGUCCCCAGCCCCACAAACUCCCGCAGCUCCUUCCAUGGGGUUUCCUUCCUGCUGCAGAUAGGACUGACCAGAGAGACAGUCAACCUGGAAGCUAAUGACCUGUCGCUGUCCUCUGUGAAGGACCUGGUGUGCUCCAUAGUGGACCAGAAGUUUCCAGAGUGCGGAUUCUUCGGUAUGUACGACAAGAUCCUGCUGUUCCGCCAUGACUUAAGCGAUGAGAACAUCUUGCAGAGACUGACGUCAGCUGAAGACAUCCACGAAGGAGACCUUAUUGAAGUGGUGCUCUCUGCUCAAGCCACAGUUGAAGACUUCCAGAUCCGACCCCAUGCCCUUUAUGUCCACUCCUACAAGGCCCCCACCUUCUGUGACUACUGCGGGGAGAUGCUGUGGGGUCUCGUCCGGCAAGGACUCAAAUGUGAAGGAUGUGGGUUAAACUACCACAAGCGAUGCGCCUUUAAGAUCCCAAAUAACUGUACUGGUGUGAGGAAGAGGCGAUUGUCCAAUGUUUCUCUGCCCGGGCCCUCCCUGUCUGUGCCGAGACCGGCACCUGCAGAAAAUGCUGUGGUGGUCCUGGAUGAGCAGAGGUCCCAUCAGGAAGCAGGGAAGAGGAUCCUAUCCUGGAGUGGCAGGCCUAUCUGGAUGGAGAAGAUGGUGCUUGGGCGGGUCAAGGUGCCCCACACCUUCGCCAUUCACACCUACACUCGUCCCACCAUUUGCCAGUACUGCAAGCGUCUGCUCAAGGGACUGUUCCGCCAGGGCAUGCAGUGUAAAGAUUGCAGAUUCAACUGCCAUAAGCGAUGUGCUUCAAAGGUACCAAGAGACUGUUUGGGCGAGGUGGACUUCAAUGGAGAGCCAGCCAGCCCUGGCCCAGACUCUGACACCACCAUGGACACUAUGGAGGUGGACAGUAACGACAUGGAUGGAGGCAGAGGACUGGAUGACCCAGAAGAACCCUCCACCCCAGAUGAGAGGAUGUUUGACAUGGAUUCCCCCUUGUUGGACAGGGAGAAAGAUGAAGAGCCCAUAAAGGCAAUUAGCCCUUCCACUAGCAGCAACAUCCCUCUGAUGCGGGUGGUCCAGUCCAUCAAACACACCAAGAGGCGGAGCUCCACUGUGGUGAAGGAGGGCUGGAUGGUUCAUUAUACGAGCAGGGACAACCUGAGGAAAAGACAUUACUGGAGGCUGGACAGCAAGAGUCUGAGUCUCUUCCAGAACGACACCGGGGCAAAGUUUUACAAAGAAAUCCCACUUUCCGAGAUCCUGCAGGUGGAACAGUCCAGAGACUACAGUAACCUGGCCCAGGGCAGCAACCCACACUGCUUCGAGAUCAUCACCGCCACCAUGGUCUACUACGUAGGGGAGAACAACUGCAGUCACUACCACAGCCCGGCUCUGGCUGCCUCAGGAGUGGGCAUGGAGGUGGCUCAGGGCUGGGAGAAGGCCAUCAGACAGGCCCUGAUGCCCGUCACCCCUCAGCCCAGCUUGGCCAGUGCUGCUGGUCAGGGCAAAGAUCAUAAAGAGCUCUCCAUCAGUAUAUCUGUGUCCAACAGCCAGAUUCAGGAGAAUGUGGAUAUUGCCUCAGUUUACCAAAUAUUCUCUGAUGAGGUUCUGGGAUCAGGCCAGUUUGGCAUCGUGUAUGGAGGGAAACACAGAAAAAGUGGCAGAGAUGUGGCCAUCAAGGUUAUUGAUAAGAUGAGAUUUCCUACCAAGCAGGAGAGCCAGCUAAGGAAUGAGGUGGCUAUAUUACAGAAUCUGCAUCACCCAGGUAUCGUCAACUUGGAGUGUAUGUUUGAGACGCCAGAGCGGGUGUUUGUUGUCAUGGAGAAGCUUCAUGGCGACAUGCUGGAAAUGAUUCUGUCAAGCGAAAAAAGCAAACUGCCUGAACGGAUCACCAAGUUUUUAGUCACACAGAUUCUGGUGGCUUUGAGACAUCUGCAUUUCAAAAAUAUUGUUCACUGUGACUUGAAGCCUGAGAAUGUUCUACUGGCUUCUGCAGAACCCUUUCCUCAGGUAAAGCUGUGUGACUUUGGCUUUGCCCGCAUCAUUGGCGAGAAGUCGUUCAGGCGGUCCGUAGUGGGAACCCCGGCUUACUUAGCUCCAGAGGUGCUGCGCAGUAAAGGCUACAACCGCUCCUUAGACAUGUGGUCAGUAGGAGUUAUUGUCUACGUCAGCUUGAGUGGGACAUUUCCUUUUAAUGAAGACGAGGACAUUAAUGACCAGAUCCAGAAUGCUGCAUUUAUGUAUCCCCCAACACCCUGGAAGGACAUCUCUGCAGAGGCCACAGAUCUGAUCAACAAUCUUCUCCAAGUCAAAAUGAGGAAGAGGUACAGCGUUGAUAAGUGUCUCAGCCAUCCCUGGUUACAGGACUAUCAGACAUGGUUGGACCUCAGGGAGUUCGAGACACGGCGGGGUGAGCGCUACAUCACCCACGAGAGCGACGACGCACGCUGGGAGGAGUUUGCAGAUGAGAACAGUCUCGUUUACCCCAAACACUUCAUCAUGGCUCCCAACCUGGACGACAUGGAAGAGGACCCCUAGUGGCUCAGAGGUCCUAAUACAGCGCAUGUACUAAAAUCAAGAACUGUCACUCAAGCUUUGGGAGCCAAGGAUGUUCUAUCCCAGACUGUUUGGUGUGGAAACAGAAGAGGAAGCCAAUCAGGUGGAGAAUGACUCUCCAGGCUUUAAAUGGGGAGGAAACCAGACAGACACUGUAGCAUGAAUGUCUGCUACAAGCAGCGCACAGGUGGAGAUGUGUUCAGAGAGACAUAUCAAGAGACUGCCUGUGGAGCAGUGUUCGUCUUUUUUUUUUGCACAAUAUGAAAACAUUCCAUGGAUUUGCUGAAGUUCGGUUCAUUUCCAAGAACAAUCACAAACUAAAAUAUGCAAGUAAAACUUAAUAGACUAGUGAUUGAACACACAUUUGAGUAAUAAUAUGACUCUUCUAUAAGUGAGAAAGGGGAAUAGAGAGACAGUGAGAGAGCUUACUGCAGGAAUAAAGGGCACUUAUCACAAGGGAUUUACAGCCUGAGAAUAUAGAACAUGAGUUUUUUCUCAUUUCUGAACUGUUUGUGAGACAGUCCUUUCACAUAAAACUGGAACCAUCACAUAUAUUUGUAUGUUUUUUAAUGUAUUUUGUAAUUGUGGUAGGUCUUUGCACUAUAUUUCCGCUGAACAUAGCAAUUGAAUAGAAACACUAUUCGCUGCUACGGAGAGAAAACACUUUUUUGGUUUCCAGUGAAGGUGUUAAACUUAAAACAGUGAGUUCAGUUCCAACCAUCAGUAGUCAGAGUAUGAAAUGUGAGUGAAUGCCAACAGCGUGUAAAAUUUAUCAAACCGGACCAAAUAAAUUCGCCAAAAAAUAGAUAUAUUUCUAGGUUUUCCAUGUUUUUCUAACUGAACAUUCAAGACAAGCUACAAGACCAAACCUGUAAACGUUAAGUAAAUGCAAUAACGGAGCCAAUUUUCUCUACUCGUGAAGCUGAACCAGCAUGGACUCUAAUUCGGAGCCUCAUGCUCCUGUGUAUCUUUCUGUUUUCUUGUUGUAAUGUGACUUUCCAAGCACACCACUUUCUGGAAAAUGUCUUUUUGAUGAUCUUUAGUUCUCCAAAGUGCUGUGUUGCCAGCAGCUUUGGUUACAUUGAACAAAUUAUUUUUGUCUUGGUUUUUUUGGACCAAAUCAGCAGCCGUUUUGUCCAGACAGUGGACAAAGAAAAAACUUGGUAUGACACCAUUUUGGUUUCAUGGGAGUUUGAAGUACUUCAGUUCUGUAGUUUGCUCUGUUGGUGUAUUUUGGGAGUACAUUCCUGUGUCCUGUUGCCCUUUUUCCUGUCUUUGUUGCCGCUGGAUUGGCAGGUGUCAGUGUUUUGUAUAUUUCAGUACAUACCAACGGAAUAAAAAACCCAACUUCUUAACUAA